UCUGUAACUUACCAAACCAUUUUCAAGUUGUUUUGAAGAUCAGAGCAUCAUCUCUCCCUGGCCAGCAGCAGAAUAAAAGAUUCUAUGAAGUUUCGGAACCACGUCUUCAAUAUAUGCUAUCAGCAGAAACAUAAACCCCACUAAGGUGUCGGUUGUCUGAACAGGAGCUGUUAAUGGCCUACACGACCCACAUUGAAGCUUGACUUUGAUAUUCAAGUUUCUUCUCAGAUAGUUGACAUUAUACGUGUAUCGCCAUUAGCUAGCACUGGGGGUCAACCAGGUCAGUCUUAGCAACUUCCCCAUCUAUUUCUUCCAAUUUCCAGAACUUCGGAUCCCUUAGGUUUGGUCAAACUGGAAAGAAUAUGUAGCUUAACGUUCUCCCAUUUUGGCAUUGCAGGUGAUAGUUCUGUUCUUCCAUCCUCCUUCCUAAAGCAGGGUAAAUACAGAAAGAGGAGAAGGGUCAUUUGCCCCAGGCCCACAAGCCAUGUACAGUUAGUUACUCUGAACUCUUCGCAUUGUCAAGAGUUCACUCGGACUGACUCCAUCGCAGGGAAGGGCACGAGGUAGUGACGAAAAGGGGGAUUGGUGAAGAUGAAUGAUUUGUUCUCCAAUUCAUUCAAGCGAUACACUGACUUGAAGGAGCAGGUAUACCUAGAUGACACCGAUUCCCAAAAGGAAACUGUCAACCUUGACAAGUUCUUCAAAGACGUUGAAAGAGUGAAGGAGGAGAUGGCUCAGGUCGAGCAGCUCUACAAGAGAUUGCAGGAAUCGAAUGAGGAGAGUAAAAUCAUCCAUGAUGGCAAAACGACCAAGCAGCUCCGGGCCCGUAUGGACUCAGAUGUGCAACAGGUCUUGAAACGAGUCAAAAUCAUCAAAGGCAAGCUCGAAGCACUUGAACAUUCCAAUGUAGCCGACCGCAAUCUUCCUGGAUGUGGCAUCGGUUCAUCAGCAGACCGGACCCGGACUUCAGUGGUUAUUGGACUGGCGAAAAAGCUCAAAGAUAUGACGGAUGAUUUCCAGGACUUGAGGGCAAAAAUGAACGUGGAAUAUAAGGAAACUGUGGGAAGAAGGUACUUUAUGAUCACGGGACAGAAGGCGGACGAAGAGACCAUUGACAACCUAAUAUCAAGUGGAGAAAGUGAGAGUUUUGUUCAAAAAGCAAUUCAGGAACAAGGGAGAGGUCAAAUCUUGGACACGAUAUCAGAGAUUCAAGAGAGGCGAGAUGCAAUUAAGGAGAUAGAGAAAAACCUGAUAGAGUUGCACCAGAUAUUCUUGGAUAUGGCUGCACUUGUGGAGUCACAAGGUCACCAACUCAACGAUAUCGAGUCUCAGGUUGCUCAGGCCAGCUCCUUCGUGAGGCGAGGGGCAGAUCAGCUUCAAGUAGGCAAGGAAUAUCAGAAAAGCUCUAGGAACUGGAUGUGCAUUGCCGUUAUACUUGGUGCUGUUAUUGUCUGCUUCCUGAUAAUACCAAUCUUAACAUCAAUUCAGUUAGGAAGAAAGGGAAUGUGAGUGCAAAGACCCGGUUAAGCCGUGCGGUGGAGUUUUGCAGAAUUCAAGGGGAGAAAAUCAGCUAAGGAUUUUCCCAUACAUGGAAGAUCUAUUAUAGUUUUUUCUACUUCCAUUUCUCUUUUCUCUGUCUUUAUUGUUUCAUUUCCUCUCCUUCAGUAAUUCCCUAGAUAACCUGAUAUGUACAACUUUUCGCCAAGUAAACAUGGACAGAGCAUCUGAAUUGGAAAAUGCAAGUUUGAUAUUCGGCAUUCAAGUAUAUCUCAUCUUUCUUUGCCAGUUUCAACUUCUCUGGUAACACCAGAAGAGAAGUCGCCAAAGCCAACAACUGGGAGUCUGGGACAUGAACACAAGCAACACGUUUUUACUGAAUAAAAGAUCAGUCUGCUGAUCAAAUAGCAGUAACCAGCUUAGUUAAGCAA